UGUAGUCCUGCUUAAAAGUGAAAUGUUGAUGCUUGGAUACCUGUUUUUGCUUCUCGGUGCCAUUGACAUUCACACUACAGCAAAUAACCUGCAAGAGAAUAUUGCAAUCAACGGAAAAGCCGUACAGUCAUCUACACUCCCCUACGAGGCUAAUAAAGCCAUUGAUAAUGCUGAUUUGUACUGCACUCACACUGAAACCGAGGCAAACCCAUGGUGGAGGCUGGAUCUGAUGGAUCUACAAGUCAUUCAAGAAGUGAUCGUCACUAACAGGAUAGACUGCUGCUUUGAGCAAAUCAAUGGAGCUGAGAUUCGCAUCGGAAACUCUCUGGAGAACAAUGGCAACAACAAUCCCAUAUGUGCGGUAGUUUCUGGUAUUCCAGCAGGCAAAUCAGUCUCUUACUCAUGCGGUGAAAUGCAAGGACGUUACUUGAAUGUGGUCAUUCCUGGAUAUUCAAAGAAUCUGACUUUGUGUGAAGUGAGAGUCUAUGGAAACGAUAGCGUGAAAUUACGUGGUAAUGCGACUCAGUCGUCUGUAUUUGAAUACUACCGGGCCGAUCAAGCCAUUGAUGGAAUAAAAUACGCCCUGGGUGUAGCCUCAUUUUGUACCCAUUCAAGGAAGCAAAUGAAUCCGUGGUGGAGGCUGGAUCUGCUGGAUAAUUACCAUAUUAGAACCGUGACUAUCACAAACAGAGCCGACUGCUGUCCAGAACGACUCAACAAUGCGGAGAUUCGCAUCGGAAACUCCCUGGAAAACAACAGCAACAACAAUCCCAUAUGUGCUGUGAUUACAAGCAUUCCACGAGGAGCGUCCCACAGCUACUCGUGUCCCGAUAUGGAGGGACGUUAUGUGAACAUCGUUAUUCCUGGAGAUGGCAGGAUUCUUACGGUCUGUGAGGUUGAAGUCUAUAGGGGUUUUCCAGUGAUAAAACACUUUGUGAAGAUGAAAUUUGCCUCCACUUCUGACUUAGCUGGCCUAGAGAGUGAUAAUCUCCUCUAUCAGUUGCAGUCUGCUCUGGAAGUAAGAGGUAUCAUCAAUGUCACACUGUCCUGGACAAAACCUCCCCAGCGGGAAAUGGAACAGGACAUACAGUAGAGGAAGUUAAGCACAUUUACACAACACUUGAAAAACAUUUUAUUUGGUUAAGGUACAUAGUUAUCAUUUAAACAAAAUGUCAUCACAGAGAAACAAAUGUUUCCACAGUGAUUCUUCAAAUUAAUGUAAUAAAUAUAAUACAGCCAAUAAA